AUAUGUAAGCGUGACGUCACUAGUUCAAAGGUGAAAUCAAGCAUGGUGGUGAUAGGAGGAAGCUAACAGAAACCUACAAAUGCGAUAAAGUUAAUAAAAUUAGAUUUUUUUGUUGGAUUUUUUUUUUGGAAACAUGACUUCAAAGGACACCGGCGCUUCUGAGCAUGCGCUUAUCGAGCUGAUUUAUCAGCAUUUAAAGGAGAAUGGAUACAAGAAAGCCGCCAGCGCGCUCAAAAAACACGCUCCUCAGGUCGAAACUACGAACGUGAAAGUGUCACUCGAUGAUAUAUUCAAGAAAUGGGUGAGUGAGGAACGGGAAAAGAAGAGUGAUGAGGGAAAAGAUCCCCAGACAAGUUCAGAGUCAGCCACAAAUGCAGCACACAACACCAGCCCUGAGAAGAAGGUGAAAUCCCAGAAACCAGCUGCAGCCAGAAAUCAGAAAAGGAAAAGAACUGAAACAAAGACGCACAAAAGUUCCAGUGCAGCGGAAGGCCAAACAACAGAACAUAGCUCUACAAGCCCAACAACAAGAGAAGACUCCGACUCAGACUCCAGUCUGGAUGUUGAGAAAUGGAAGAAAUUGGCCGUACAGCUAUCAGAUGCUGACAUUGCAAAGAUGGACGCUUUCACGAACUUUAGCACAUCUACUGCCAAGUCCACGAAGAAGCGAAAGCCAGCAGAACGUAAAAAAAAACAAGCCCAAACAAUAGGAAACGGCAAACGUUCACCCAAGAAAACUAAAGAUAAAACUGCCACCAGCCCCACAAAAACUGACAAAAUUAGAACUCCUUUAAAGCCAACAGCUUUUAGCAUUUGUGAAUCGGAUAAAGAUAAAACUCCAUCUAACAAAGACGUCCUUGCAGAACCUAACGUAAAGAGUCCUGAAAGUAAAAUGGCUACCAGUCUUUCAGAUCAGGCUGUGACCCCUAAGACAGGCGUAAGUAAUGGACUUUCAGAGAGUGCCCAAAUUAAGGUUAAAAGCAAAAAAACACAUAGCCUCUCAGAACCUCAUAACAUCGAAACUCCAAGAAAAAUGGCUGAGACUGAAAAACCAGAUGAUAUCUCAGAACCUAAACCAACUGAUACUCCAUGUAAGAAAACAAAAUCAAAGAAAGAUGUUAAAGUUACAAAAUCUGGAAGUUUAGAAACUCCUUCUAGGGUCACCGAUCCUGAGGUUGCUAUUCAGAAAUCUCAGUGUGGUUUAGAUACAGCUGAACUGUCUGAAUCUAACAGUUCAAAACAAUCCGAAUGUGUUUUACAUUCUCAAACGAGUGAGACUAAAGCUAAGAAGGAUAAAUCUAAAAAAGUUAAAAUUGUGGGAUCUGUAGGUGUUGAUACCUCCAUACAAACUGACACAGAGGAUGCCACUGGCUCCCUAACAUCAGACCAGUCAAAAAUCAAUCAGGUUUCAGAUUUGAACCCAGCUGAGACUCCCUCUAAGAAAGCUAAAUCUAAGAAAUCUAAGAAGUCUAAAGAACCUCAAGAACCUGGAGAUGUGGCCGUGCCUUCUGGAGAAUGGGAGAUCGAGGUUCACAGUAGCCAAUCCAAACCGCAUCAGACUGAGACUCUGUCAACAUCAGUCAAAGAUGUUAAAAGUGUUGGAGGGGAUGAACCGGUUGAGAAACAGUCUAAGAAAGCUAAGAAAAGCUUAUUGGAGUCAAAUGGGACUGAAAAGAACAUAGAAACCCAAGCCGAUACCAGCAUCUUAGAACCUCUCAGUUCAGAGACACCAUCUAAAAAGUCUAAAACUAAGAAAGCUUCAGAAGCCGAUCAUGUUGAUUCUCCAUCUAAAAAAGCUGUUGUGGAUGGUGGGGAAGGUGAGGCCAUGAAAAGCAGUUCUUCAAAAUCAGAUCAUAAUGACAACCUUUUAAAAAAGAGUAAAAGAAAGAGAGCGGACAGCUCUGGAGUAAACGUGACUUCUUCAGGAACUGAACAUGUAUCUAAAUCAUCAUCUGAAUGUGACAAUUCAGGAGUGGACAAUGGUCUCAUACCUGCUGGAAACGGUUCCGAAAAUCAAGGCCAAGAAAGUGUUUCAGCAGUGGAGGAGGAAGAAACUCCAGAGCCAAAGAAGAGAAAGAAAAAUAAAAAAGAUAAAGAGAAGAAGAAAAAUGAGAGUGAUGAAAAUGUUGAAGAGGUUCCAUCAACACCACCAGCAGAGGAGUUUGUUGAUUCCCUGCCAAGCAGUCAGAAGAAAAAAAAGAAGAAAAAACAGAAACAUAGAGAUGAGGAAAUGCCGCCAGUGUCCACUCCUGCCCCUGAAGAAGACUCUCCAAAAAAGAAAAAGAAAUCUUCAAAGGAGAAGGAACAUGCUGAUGUCUCAGAACAGGGAGUGAUUUAAAAGCAAGAACUGAUCCAGCCUGGAAAUAAGAUGGACUUAAAAAUAAUGUUAACAAGACAUAUUGUAAAUCCCAGCCUACAGUUGUUUAUGGUGUCUGUCUGUGACAGUGUUGUUGAUUUCUGGAGAGGACAAGCUUGUGGAGAUUCUUACAGUUUCAUGUAUGUCAACUUUUAUGUUUUAUUUUAAAUAGCGUUUUUAUAUAUAUAUAUAUGACUUUUUAAUAUGAGAUGAAAGUUUUGCCAUGCAUCAACGCUGUUUGUUUAUAGAAGAUCAAGGAAACAUUCAAACAAUUCUUUAAUGAUAAAGAACUAGAUUCUAUUAUAUACAAAUUACCUGUAAUUCUUCUACAUUUUUAUAAAUAUAAGUUCAUACUUGUAAAC